UCCUUCAUCGCAGGCGAGGCACCUCUGCUGGGAACAUGGCCUGGCAUGUGCCCGUCGCUUCCUCCCGCAUCCUCCUCUUCUUCCUUCUGACCGCCGUCCCUCUGGGCUCGCUCGACCCGGGGCCCGUCAUGGCUUCCGGCCUCGCCGAGAUGGGCAACAGCUUUCCGAGCGGAGAUCUCUGGGCGCAUCAGCCACGGACCGCCACGCACCACCGGAGGCACGGCCUCAGCGAGCACACACGGAUGCACCGCAGGAUGCCCUCCAGGGCCCGGGGGGCCAGGGAAGGGGGUCCGGCACUGCGCCCCAGCUGGUCCCCCGCGGGGGGAGAGCCGGGGCUGACGGAGCCGCCUGCCAGCCUCCGGCAGAAGGACAUCUUCCUGGGGUUCGAGUUCCCGUACCCGGAGCAAGAGAACCACGCCCCUGGCUCGGAGAGGGGGAAGAGGCCUAGCCGGGAACACCGCCGGCACAGCCGCCGGGAGAGGCUGAAGCAGCCCCGAGGAAAAGCUUCUGUCGCAGGCCCAAGCGCGCUGUAUAAGAAGUCCGAAAGCUUUGCAGAGCAGUUCCACGCGCUCCAGGCCGAAAGCUCCUCCGCCGGCUCUUACCCCGCCUCCCUUCUCAGCUCCACGCCCCAGACGUCCAGCGAAGAGCCUCCGGUUCCGCAGGCCACGUCCCCUCGGCCCCGGACCCGCCACGAGGGUGACGUGAUGCCCACGUUUGACAUGACUCUCUUCGACUGGACAGAUUAUGAAGACCUCCGCCCGGACAUGUGGCCAUCGUCCCAGAAAAAGGAAAAACGGCGCAGUAAAAACAGCGGCAAUGAAACCACUCCGGAUGAAGGAGAGCCGUGCGACCAUCACCUGGAUUGUCUCCCAGGAUGCUGCUGUGACUUGCGGGAGCACCUCUGCAAACCGUACAACCGGGGCCUGAACAACAAGUGUUACGACGACUGCAUGUGUGCGGAAGGCUUUCGCUGCUAUGCUAAAUUCCACCGCAACCGGAGAGUGAGCAGACGAAAAGGCCGCUGCAUCGAGCCAGAUUCCGCCGACGGAGAUCAAGGGUCCUUUCUUAACGUGUAGAAGCUGCUUGCUUGCCGGCGGG